AUGCCCGUUCCUGAUCGAUCCAUCAGGAUUUGCGCCGACCGAGGGGGAACAUUCUGUGAUGUGCAUGCAUCGUAUCCUGAUCCAGAGAACCAUAAGGAGAGAAAGGAGGUUGUGGUGAAACUUCUUUCACAAGAUCCUGGCAACUAUCGCGAUGCGCCCACAGAAGGUAUCAGGCGGAUAUUGGAGAUUGCGACGGGGACCAAAAUUCCGCGCGGCCAGACGCUGACGACCGACAAAAUCGAUUACAUCCGUCUAUCCACUACGGUCGCAACAAAUGCUCUACUCGAGCGCAAGGGCCACAAGCACGCACUGCUCAUCACGCGCGGGUUCAAGGAUCUUCUUCUGAUCGGGAACCAAGCACGACCCAAGAUCUUCGACUUGAACAUCCGCCGCCCUCCGCCUCUGUACUCGACUGUGCUCGAGGUCGACGAGCGCGUCACGCUAGUGGGCUACACAUCCGACCCACAAGCGGAGGCACAUGCAGUACAGUUCGACGAAAACGGCAAAGUCAAGCAUGGCUACAGGGGAAAGGGAUGGGACGGCAAGGGUGACGCUGAUGGUCCUGGCGAGGUUGUCCAAGGUCUGUCGGGGGAGGCCGUCAGGAUCGUGCAACGUCCAAACUUAGAUGCUGUCAAGGCGGACCUGCAACGGCUGUACGACGAGGGCUACCGCUCGAUCGCGAUUGUGUUCUGCCACUCGUACACAUACCCCAAACACGAGCAGCAGAUCGGGGGCCUCGCUCGCUCCAUCGGUUUCAAGCACAUCUCCGAGUCGUCGCGGCUGCUGCCCAUGAUCAAGAUGGUGCCGCGCGGCGUGUCAUCCACCGCGGAUGCGUACCUGACGCCCAUCCUCAGAGAGUACCUCGACGGAUUCUUCGAUGGGUUCGACGAGAAGUUGAGGGACGGCCGCUUGCGGAGCCCACGGGUCGAGUUUAUGGGCAGCGACGGUGGCCUGCUCGACCUGACGAACUUCACGGGGCUCAAAAGUAUUCUUAGCGGUCCUGCUGGCGGUGUGGUUGGUUACGCGCUAACGAGCUGGGACCGGGAGCGCAAGCACCCUGUGAUUGGGCUGGAUGUCGGUGGCACGUCCACGGACGUGUCGCGAUUCGAUGGCCGUUACGAGAUCGUCUAUGAGACGACAACGGCCGGCGUUACGAUUCAAUCACCACAGUUGGACAUCAACACCGUUGCGGCGGGCGGUGGAUCAUGUCUGUCGUUCAGCAACGGCCUGUUCCGUGCUGGCCCUGAGAGCGCUGGUGCCGAGCCUGGUCCGGCGUGUUACCGCAAGGGAGGCCCGCUUGCGGUCACAGACGCCAACCUGGUGCUUGGCCGUCUCGUCCCGGAUUACUUCCCGAAGAUCUUCGGCAAGUCAGCAAAGGAACCACUCGACACAGAGGCGUCGCGUUCUGCGUUCGAGGUGCUCAGAAAGGAUAUCAACGCACACCAGGAGAAGCAGCUCGACCUCGACGAGGUCGUCUAUGGUUUCAUCAAAGUCGCGAACGAGACGAUGGCGCGGCCUAUCCGAGCGUUGACAGAGGCGAGAGGGUAUGCACUGUCGAAGCAUAUUCUUGCGAGCUUUGGUGGUGCAGGAGGCCAGCACGCCUGCGAAAUUGCCAAGCUGCUGGGGAUCAAGACGAUUCUCAUUCACAAAUAUAGUUCCAUUCUGUCGGCGUACGGUCUUGCGCUCGCUGACCGCGUCUUUGAACUGCAACAGCCAUCAUCGACGUUCUAUACGCCGGAAAAUCGCGGGUCGCUGAUCGCGCGGCUGGACAAGCUGGACGCGGAGGUGCGGGAGGAGCUCGGCCGGCAGGGCUUCCAGGGCGCUCACGUCCACACGGAGCGGAUGCUGAACAUGCGGUUCGACGGCACCGACACGGCGUUGAUGGUGCUUCCUGGUGUGCAGGACGGCGAUGGCAACGAAGACUUCCUGGCCGCGUUCAAGCGCGCAUACAUGGCCGAGUUCGGCUUUCUGCUCGAGACGAAGAGCAUCAUUGUCGAUGAUAUCAAAGUGCGCGGAAUCGGCAAGACGUUCGACUCGCUCGGCGAGUCUGUGUUUGCCGAGAUCUCCAAGAUGGAGCAGCGUGCGGUCGACAGGAAGAAGGCGGAUACGACGUGGAACGUGUACUUUGACCAGCUCGGGCGCGUGGACGACACCCCCGUGUAUCUCUUCCACUCGCUCGCUGUCGGAGACGUCAUCGAGGGCCCUGCGAUGAUCAUUGACAAUACGCAGACAAUUGUGUUGAUUCCUGGUGCGAGAGCGGUGCUCACGAGCAAGCAUCUUUACAUUACUCUGCAGUAG